CCGCCCCGCCCCGCAGAGCACGCCGGGAAAGGCGGGCGCGCGGCGAUGGCGGGCGCGGCGCGGGGCGGGCGGCGGGAUGGGGCCGUGAGGGCUGCGCUGGCCGUGGCCGCCGCGCUGGCGCUCGCCCUAGCCCUUGCCCUAGCCUGGCUGUUGCUUCGGGGCGCGCUGCUGGGUGCGGCGGCGCUGGGUGCGGCGGGCGCCUGGUGCGCCAUGCGGCCUGGCCCGCCCGCACUGCGCCCGCCUGGCAAAGCCGCCGCCAACGGGGGCCCGGCCGCGAGGGCUGCGCCGUGUCGCCCGCAGCCCGGGGUUCCUCGCUGCCGGCCGCAGGCCCCGCGCCGCCGGUACCCGCUGCCUGAGGCCCGGCCGGCCGUGCCGCUCUGCUUGCCCGCCGCCCGCUGGGAGGGCGGCUCCCCCCGCAGCGCGCCUUGGGCCCGUCGUGCCACCCCGCUUCGCAGCCCCGUCACCGUGAGAAUCGCCCCGCCAGCCGUCGGCAUCGCCCGCUCCCCGGCUCUAGAGCAGCUGGUCUCACCCCUGGCCUUCCCAGCCACCAGCAGCUCUGACCCAUGUGCAAAGGAGACUGUGCUGAAUGCCAUCAGGGAGAGCAGGAAAAGGGCUGUGGAGGAAGAGGAGGAGGAGGACCAGACAUUUGGGAAUGAUCAGGAAAGCAAAAGAAGGCGCCAUGACAGCAGUGGAAGUGGGCAGUCAGCAUUUGAGCCGCUGGUAGCCAAUGGUGCCCCUGCUUCUCUCAUACCCAAGCCAGGCUCUCUGAAGAGGAGCCUUGUCUCACACUGCCCAGAUGACUGCUCCAACAAGAGGUCUCGCACCUCCUCCAUGAGCUCCCUCAACAACACCUAUGCUGGUGGGAUCCCCAGCUCCAUCCGCAAUGCUAUUGCCAGCUCCUACAGCUCAAGCCAGGGUGUCACACAGCUGUGGAAGAAAAGUGGUGUGAGCGUGUCCCCUCUGUCCAGCCCAGCAUCCUCCCGCCCUCAGACACCAGAGUGGCCUCUCAAGAAAGCCAGGGAAGAGGAGUCACAUUAUUCCAACACUUCCACCCCAGCAAAAUCAGACAAGGAGCUGCAGACAGAGAAAGUGGUGGAGUCACCAGUGUGGAAGAAGCAGAGUUCCCUGAGCCCACCAUCCACGUCAGGGAGCAGUGGGACACGCAAGCGAAAGAUCCCGUUGCUGUCGUCUCUCCGUGGGGACCAGCUGGUGCUGCCCCCACCACCUCAGCUGGGCUACUCCAUCACCUCAGAGGACCUGGAUGCAGAGAAGGCGGCAGUGCUGCAGUGGUUCAACAGUGUCUUGGAGGAUAAGGCUGAUGCAGUCCCCAGCACCACUGCAGAGAUGAUGCCUGUGUCCAAGUCACUGGUGUUUGCUGUGACCUCCCCUGGGCCUAUGCCUGCCUCCACAGCUCCUGCCCUGGCUAGCUCCUCACCCCUAGACAGCCUGAAGAAGAUGCAGAGCAGCCAGGCUGUAUCCACAGCACCAGACUCUACUGGAGCUGUGGCAGCAUCCAAAUCACCUCCAUCGGCUGCACAGCCACCUGCUCCUGCUGUGUCAUCGGAGUCAAGCACCCUGCCUGCCAUCUCUGCUGACACCAAGCCCAUGCUUGUAUUGAGCACACCUACUCCCAGUGCUCCCCCUGUACUGGCGGUGCAAUCCCCCAGCAGCCUGGCACCUCCUGUAUUCACUGAGCUGGGCCAGACCCCCAGCAAGCCUCCCUCCUUCCCAAAGCCAAGCAUCCUGUUUGGGAUGCUGAACACCCCUCCAGCCAGCCAGCCAGCAGUGCCUGCAUCCACUGCCGUGCCCACCGCAGCCACAGCUGCAUCCACUGCUGUGCCCACCACAGCCACUGCUGUGCCCACUACAGCACCCAUCUUCAAACCCAUCUUUGGUGCUGUGCCAAAGAGUGAGAACGCAGCAGCCUGCACAGCUGUCACUUCCACCACAGCCACUGUGUCUGCAAGCUCAGGCCCUGCCUCAACAUCUUCCACAUCCUCCAUAUUCAAGCCCAUCUUUGGCAGCAUCACUGCAGUUUCAUCUCCAGCAAAAGUCUCUCCUUUCGCCUUCAAUCCCAUGGCACAGCCAGCCUCAGAGCCACCAACUGCCUCCACAGCUACUCUGGCAGGAUUCACGGGUCUUCCCAAUGUCAUCUUCACCACUGCAGCUACAACUGCCACCACCCAGAGUUCCUCCACAGAUGCCACCAUUAAACCUGUCUUCAGCUUUGGACUGAACCCACCUGCUUCCACUGGCCCUGCUCCCAGCGUGACUGUCACCGCUGCCACCUCCACCAGCACAGCCCAGCCCUUCCUGUUUGGGAGCCUUGCCAGCUCAGCUCCCAGCACAGAAACCAGCUUUGCCACCUCAGGGCCUGUGUUCCAGUUUGGGAAGUUGCCUCCAGCCACAGUCACUGCUACCACAAGUGUCCCUGGAGGCCCUGCCUUUGGCCAGGUACCUUCAAACUCAACAGUUGCUGCCACCACCGUGGGCUUUAGCAUAUUUGGGAGCACUACACUGACCUCCUCUGCCCCAGCCACCACAGCUCAAGCACCACUGACAUUCGGCUCCUCCGUUUCAGCUUUUGGCAGCUUUUCAGCCAGCACAAAGCCACCGCCGCCAUAUCCCAGCACUGGGAGCCAGCUCACCUUCAGCAGUGGGGCUGCUGAGAGCCAGGUGCCCACCAGCAAGCCUGCUACUGGACCCAUCAGCUUGACCCCCCCGUUCAGUUUCGGAGCCCCCUCAGCACAGUCGGUGGCUCAGCCAGCAUUUGGCAGUGGUGCCCAGCCAGUCUUUGGUACAACCAGUUCCCAGGGCUCCUUUGGCACCAGCAGCACCCAGGCAGCGUUUGGGACCACCACCUCGGUGUUCUCUUUUGGAACAGCCACCUCCACCACAUCCAGCUUUGGUGCCACCACCCAGACCACAAGCAGCAGCACCAGUGGCACUGUCUUUGGCACCACCCCAUCUCUGUUCACCUUUGGGGCCACCACCCAGCCAGGCCCCUCCACCAGCACCUUUGGGAUGGGUACACCAGGCCUCAGCAGUGGGUCCCCAGCUGUGGCCUUCAACUUUGGAGCUGGGCAGAGCGGGGCAGCCCCAGCAGCAAUGCCCUUCGGCUCAUCUCUGCCACAGAGUGCACUGGGAGCGCAGAGCCAGAGCACCCCCUUCGCCUUCACCAUGACCAGCACUCCCAACAGCAAGCCUGCAUUUGGAGGAGCUCCGGUGCCCACUUUUGGGCAGGGCACACCUGUCCCCGGAGCCGUGGGCAGUGGAAGCAGCACCCUUUCCUUCAGGACACCCAGCACUCCUGCCUCGAGCUUUGGAGGAGUUGGCUCUUCCUUUGGUUCAUCCACUCCCACCUUCUCCAUUGGGGCAGGAUCCAAGACGGGCACUCGCCAACGGCUGCAGGCACGGAGGCAGCACACCCGCAAAAAGUAACCCUGGUGCUGCUGGGCUCUGCUGGCCCACACGUGGGAGGCUCUGGGCUGGAGCUCUCCCUGUGGUGGAGCCACGCCCCAUCCCUAUCACCCACUAGAGACCAUGCUGGGACAGGAUAAACCAAACUCUUGUUACUUGAACAGUUCCAGAGCCAAGGCUGGACACAUCUCUGUACAUAUCCACAAUGUUCUUUCCCUCAGUUAAGUUUGUCUUGGUUAAUAAUAUGUACAUUUCUCCCCAUUUGCUUCUUCUAGCUGUUCCCAUGCCCUGCCCCAGCCCUUAGCCAGCCCUAAGGCCAUGUCCCACUCAGAGCCUGGCUGGCAACAUGCUGUGUUCCAAGUUGCUGUCAGACACCAUCUUCACCAGGUCCCAAAAUCUUUCCCAUUGUUCAUCCCAUGGCCUAGUGAACAUGGUUCCAUGGCUGCAGCCAGGGCAGGUUCCAGCCUGGCUCUGUUUUGGUGCCACAGGUGAUGGCUGUGGAUACAGUUGGGUGACAGCCCCCACUGGGACCUAAUGUCCUGCUACCUGCAGCUGUGGACAUGCUAUAGCCCGGGACCUGGGCUGGAGGCAUGGGGUGAGGAUGGGGGUCCCCCCACCCCUCUCCCAUCUCUGCUGCUCCAUGAGGCUGUGGGCAGCCCCCCACCCUUCUCCCCAGUUCUGCUUUGUCUGUGCUCCUGUUCUGUGCUCACUGAAUCGAGUUUGGAGGAAGAGCUGAACCGUGUGUGUGGCGGCAUGUUGGUUAUGCCGGAUUUGCUGUUUGGAGUUUCUUUUUUGGGGGGCACCAGUCCUUGGGGGGAGACUUGCCCCAGCUAAUUGGGUGUUGACAGUAGCAUCACUGCGUGGCUGCUCGUGCUGGGGAGUUGUCCCUUCCAUGUUGUGACUGAAAGGCAGCUGGGACAGGGGGUUUCAACUCUGGCAGUCUCUCCCCUCCCUUUCCUUCUCUCCUAGUACCUCUUCUGCACUUCAGGAGGCUCUGGAAUUGCUCACAAAAGGAGUCGAGAGCAGAUGCAUUUUCCCUCCAAUCCCAAAUCCAAGUUGUUUUUCAUUUUUCAGCUCAUCUCCAUCCCAGUGGGUUUUACUAGCUCCUAGGAACUGUGGUGCUGCUUCUCCUAUCCCCAUCCAGCCAGGAGUGGGAAUCCCACCCUUCCCUGCCUUCUGUGGGAAGAGACUGCCAGAGCUGGGGUUCACCAAAGAGCCACCCCCUGCCCUGUCCCUGCUGACGGAUGGGCACUCCAUUCCCAGGAAUGCUUUGCUGCUGGGUUUUUACUCUCCGAGCCGUGUGAGUGUGUGUGUUUGCUGAGGUCUAAAUUAAAAAAAAAUAAAAACACAAAUAUUUAAACAUUUUUUAACAAAAUAAAAAUUUAUUUUUAUAUUUAAGCUAAAUUGCCUUCAAAUUCCUUCAAGCUUGGUUCAGUGAAGUUGCCUGCCCCGCAGCUGUUAGUGUUUAGCUGUUCCCACCUUGGCUGUGCCUGCGGGAAUGUACUGUGCUGGGAAAGGCAGCUGCACCCUGCAGGCUCUGCCAUGCUUCCCCUACUGUACAUCAUCCCCUUCCUUUUAAAUGUGACGUAUGUGGAUGUGACUAAACCGUUUUUGUUUGUUUUUUAAAGUUUUUUAAUUAUUUCUCUGAGGGUGAGGAGCAGGAGCUCUCACGUUGUGUUGCUGAGUACCAGGGUCAAAGCAGAAGGGGCACAUGAUAGACUCUGUGUGGCACAGAGGGAACACAGCCCCGUAGUAAGGGGACAUAGAGGACCUGCAGGUGUUGGUGGGAAUGUUCUGGCCAUCACCUACCAGCAGGGCCGAGGGUGCAGUGGGCCAAGAGUAGCCAGGCUGGGAAAAUGUGUCCUUUGGGUUGGAAGAAGCAGAUGGGAAAGGGCUAGUGCCUGCUAAGAAUGACCCUGGGGUGCCCCAGUUAGGGUCCUGGGCCAGGAGAACACCUGCUCACCAUCCUCAGGGUGCCAGGACUUGGCCAGGUCAGCUCUGACAAGAUGGGGAUGAGCUAGGAUAAGGUUGAGGGCACCCUAGCUUGGUCCUGCCCCCCAAGCAGCUGCCCCACUGUAAAGAGGCAGGCUGUUCCUUCCCUGCCACACAGGCCCUGCUGGGAGAGCCCCUUGUGCCUGGGGGGAAGUUGGGUUUUAACUGACUGAAGAGUCGGAUCAUUCCCAGUGUGGCUGAUAGGGAUUUUAGUGUGAAUGUGCAAUUUUUGUUUCCUCGCUUCUUAUGUCCCCAGUUUAAAAUAAAAUGACUGUGUUCACAUGUC